AUGCCAAACAAACCGCCAACCACCGCAGACACAACAUCGAUCGAAGGAUCAAAAGUGCACGACAAGAGCGAAUCGUCCACCGAAAGCAGUGCGUUGCAACACGUGCGCAAAAGUUUGAGAGCCACUUUCGACGAACUGAAAGAAGGAGCGUACGACAAAUAUGAAAUUAUCGUCUCAUCGAUCCAGGUGAUCAUGGUAGAAGAAAAUGAAGACUGGCGCAUUCUUCGUACCAAGGACCAAUCUCCAAGUCACAUUCUGCGUCCGCUGGGCAUGAGUCUCAGUUUAAAGCGAUGUUUACUACAUAAUGAUGCCAAUUUGCCAAGAAUUCUCUUGGAUGGUUGUCUGCCUUUGUUUCGUGUGGAUUUGACCGAUCGCGUUUUGAAGUCCCUUUUCGAAUUGGUUUCUAACGUGCCGUUCCCCGAGCCGGACAAACGGUUGACAACUCCGGAAAAUCCGGAAGAGGUGCUUAAGGCAAGUUAG